AAUGAAACAUUUUUCGUUUUGUUUUUACAGCCAUGUUACGGUAUGGAUAAAAUUGAAGCUCUCCAAGAGCGGUUCCACCGUUUCUUUGAUUUGAACAAAGAUGGCAGAGCGACAAAGAAAGAAGUCACCAAUUACCUCAUGAAAUACGAUCCUACCGUUUCAAAAAGUUUGGUGGAAGAAUUCAUAGCAAGCAGAGAUCUAAAUAAAAAUGGUAUGAUUGAUUUUAUUCCGGAGUAUAUCCUGGCAGUGAGUCAUCCUGAAGUUAAUUCUAUGAAGGCACGUGAAUGGUUUACACUAGAAGACGCCAACAAUGACAAUAUCAUCACAAAAGACGAUAUUGAGAAGAUCGGAUUGCGGAUGGGUAUGAGUGAUGAAGAAAUACGGGACAGCAUGAGUUAUUACGCUCUCGGUGACGAAAACGGUGAUGGCAAGAUCACUUGGUCAGGCAGCCAUUUGUCUCUACACCGUUUCGAAUUCUCUGUGCCAAUCUCUCGUUCGUUUAUUACCAACAGUAAUCCCUCGAAUCUCGCAGGUGUUACGUUACAGAACCUCUCACAGAAACAAAUUCAAAUCUAA